AGUGAUGCUUUGGUGGGGAGUUUGCUUUGAUGGCACCACAAAGCUCCAUUUUUGUGAAAAAUAAUUUAAAACAGCUGCUAACAAAUAUCAGAAUGACAUUUUAAAACCUGUUGUCAAGCCUCUAAAUGACACUCUUCAGCUCACAAGGCCAGGUCAACUCAGCAGUGGGUGCAAAAGAACAUUCCAGAGUUCAUCUCUGCCUCAGAUUGGCCCUCAGGAAGCCCGGAUCUCAUUCCACUAGAUUAUCGGCUUUGGGGCCAAACUGGAGAGGAUGGUAUGCCACAGAGCACACCUUAACUUGGAAAGCCUCAAACAAUCUCUGGUCCGAGCAGUUGAGCCCUUUUCUCAAGAAGUGCUGUGUGCUGCUAUUGAUGACUGACCACUGA